AUGUCUACCCCAGCAGCGAAACGUCGUCGAAUUGAAGCUGCAAGUACUCUCCAAAAACCCUUUCGAUCACCUUUCAAGACUCCAUUCAAAUCCCCUCUUAUUAAAGGCUCUCCAAAUACUCGAGCUUCCACUGCUGCCGCCGCAGUUACUACUCCUUUAAGUUCCAAAACUCCGACCUCUUACCCUGUCGUGAGCAUCCCAUCUCCAAAGACUGCGAUUCGCACCAAGAAAUCUUUCACAUCGCCCAUUUCAGCAGCAGUUAUUAAUGCCGAUCCGGAUAUUGCGCCACUAUUGAAGGAUCAGAGGGAAUUAGAGAAGCUAUUGAAGGAAGUGAAGGAGGAAUUGGACACGGCAGAACAGGCGAAGAAGAUUGAGAGGGAUAGUAAAGCUAAAGAUAAAAAUGGAAGUGGAGAGAUUGACGGGGAGUUGGUAGAUUUGUGUGAGAAGUGGAGGAGCGCAAGUAGAUUGGCAGCAGAAGAAUUAUUUGGGAAGGUUAGAGAUAGGGUCAAUAGGAUGGGUGGACCAAGAGCUUGGAAGGAAAUGCAGAAAAGACAACAUGAGUACCAAAACAAUUGGGAUCAGGAUGAAGCCAAUAACAACAAUAACAACAACUUUGAGGAUGAGGACGAGGAGGGUAAGGACAACGACAGACGAGACGUUUAUGCAGAAUAUAGCAUUGAUCCCGAAACGGAGAAUGAGAAGGCACAGAGAGCCCCGGGUCUAGGAGACACUGGAGAGAAUCCCGGAGAGGAAGAUGAAUUCACAAUGGCAAUGAUGCUAAGAACGUUAAAUGUGGAUUUAGCGGUAAUUGGGUAUGAUAGAGAACAACAGAGAUGGAACGAUUGA